AUGCUUCCAGGGUCAUUUACCUCCACCCUCAGAUGCAACAUUCCAUUGACCACUAUUUGCUGGAAAGCACUGCGGCUUUCAUGCUCUGCUCUGACCAGCCACUGUGGGAACCGGAUGCUGAGCUGGGGGCUCCUUUUUCAUGCUCACACGACCUGCCAUUCCCCGGCCCCCACCCCCCACAUCACCCUUGCUAAGCAAGUCCUGCAGGCCUUUCAGGUAGAAGGUGGUGGUGUGGUCUGCCGGAAGAGCAGAGAGCCCCUUCCUCCUCAGACGGGGCUCAGAAAAACCGACCCCCGGGGAAGCCUUCGCGCGGUGACGUCUGCUGCCCGGCAGAGGCAGGUAGCCCCACCCCUUGUGGGCGGAGCCAGAGGCUGA